CAGAUAAAGCCUCCCAGGGGCUCGGGGUCCGCGUGUCGCAGCCCCACCCCGCGGGACUCCCGGGCAGGAUCGCCCGGCGCUCGCCCUUCGCACCCGCGCCGCCACUCCUUCCUCCGCCCCCGGGUCCCGGGACGCCCUUCCGGCCGCACAGCCGCGCGGAAAGGAAACCUUCCUGGCAGCCUGCCCUCUAUACCUCUGAGAACUCCCCCAAGCGCUGCUUUCAGGGCCCAAAGAAGGCAGGCCCCCUAUGCUUGGCACUCCUAAUCCGAGGGUCCCUCACUCCUUGGCAAUCCUUGGACAGCCAGACCAAGCUGGAGACUGGCCCUGGUUUCUUCCUGAAUUUUUAUUUCCAAAUUUGGUGAUUUAAUUUUUUCACUUGAGAAAGUGAUAGCCGCCAUCUUCAGAGCUGAUUCUGGAAGAGGAGUGGACUGGGAGCAGAAAAGCCAAUCAGAGCAGCCACUAGGCUCUCUCUGCCCAGCUGCUUCACUUCCCAGGAGCCCUAGGGGGGCCUCCAAUGGCUUCACCCACCUCUACCAACCCAGCACAUGCCCACUUUGAGAGUUUCCUGCAGGCCCAGCUGUGCCAGGAUGUGCUGAGCAGUUUUCAGGGACUCUGUGGGGCUCUGGGGCUGGAGCCUGGUGGGGGACUACCUCAGUACUACAAGAUCAAAGCUCAGCUCAACUAUUGGAGUGCCAAGUCACUAUGGGCCAAGUUGGACAAGAGAGCCAGCCAGCCUGUCUACGAGCAGGGCCAGUCCUGUGCCAGCACCAAGUGCCUGGUGGUAGGUGCUGGACCUUGUGGGCUGCGGGCAGCUGUGGAGCUGGCACUGCUGGGGGCCCGCGUAGUACUGGUAGAAAAGCGUACCAAGUUCUCUCGCCACAACGUGCUCCACCUCUGGCCCUUCACCAUCCAUGACCUUCGGGCACUUGGUGCCAAGAAAUUCUACGGGCGCUUCUGCACUGGCACUCUGGACCACAUCAGCAUCCGACAGCUUCAGCUGCUCCUACUGAAGGUAGCAUUACUGCUGGGGGUGGAAAUUCACUGGGGUGUCACUUUUACUGGCCUCCAGCCUCCUCCAAGAAAGAGGAGUGGCUGGCGUGCCCAGCUGCAGCCCAGUCCUCCAGCCCAACUGGCCAACUAUGAAUUUGAUGUCCUCAUCUCGGCUGCAGGAGGGAAGUUUGUCCCUGAAGGUUUCACAGUUCGAGAAAUGCGUGGCAAACUGGCCAUUGGCAUCACGGCCAACUUUGUGAAUGGGCGUACUGUGGAAGAGACACAGGUACCGGAGAUCAGCGGUGUGGCUCGGAUCUACAACCAGAAAUUCUUUCAGAGCCUGCUCAAAGCCACAGGCAUUGAUCUGGAGAACAUUGUAUACUACAAGGAUGACACCCAUUACUUUGUGAUGACAGCCAAGAAGCAGUGUCUGCUGAGGCUAGGGGUGCUGCGCCAGGACUGGCCAGAGACGGAUCGACUGCUAGAAAGUGCCAAUGUGGUACCCGAGGCUCUGCAGCGCUUUGCCAGGGCAGCUGCUGACUUCGCCACACACGGCAAGCUCGGGAAACUCGAGUUUGCACAAGAUGCCCGUGGGCGGCCUGAUGUGUCUGCUUUUGACUUCACAAGUAUGAUGCGGGCAGACAGUUCUGCUCGUGUGCAAGAGAAGCAUGGAGCCCGCCUGCUGCUGGGACUGGUGGGGGACUGCCUGGUGGAGCCCUUCUGGCCCCUGGGCACUGGAGUGGCCCGAGGCUUCCUGGCAGCCUUCGAUGCAGCCUGGAUGGUGAAGCGGUGGGCAGAGGGCACUGAGCCCCUAGAGGUGUUGGCUGAACGCGAAAGCCUGUACCAGCUUCUGUCACAGACAUCCCCAGAAAACAUGCACCGCAAUGUGACCCAAUAUGGGCUGGACCCAGCCACUCGAUACCCCAACCUGAACCUCCGGGCUGUGACCCCCAAUCAGGUACGAGACCUGUAUGAUGUGAUGGCCAAGGAGCAGGUGCAGAAGAAGAGCGACAAGACAGAUGCAGAGGUGUCGGCCACAGGGUCAGCAGGCACCCAGGAAGAGCUCUUACACUGGUGCCAGGAGCAAACAGCUGGGUACCCAGGAGUCCAUGUCACUGACUUGUCUUCUUCCUGGACUGAUGGGCUAGCUCUCUGUGCCCUGGUCCACCGCCUCCAGCCUGGACUGCUGGAACCCUCAGAGCUGCAGGGGAUGGGAGCUGUGGAAGUGACCACCUGGGCACUGAGGGUGGCAGAGCAUGAGCUGGGCAUUGCACCAGUGUUGUCUGCACAGGCAGUGGUGGCAGGCAGUGACCCGCUGGGCCUCAUCGCCUAUCUCAGCCAUUUCCACAGUGCCUUCAAAAGCAUGGACCGCAGCCCAGGUCCUGUCAGACAAGUCUGUCCAGGGGCCUCCAAUGCUGUCCUCUUCCUUGGCAAACUUCAGAGGACCUUACAGCGGACCCGGGCCAAGGAAAAUGGGGAGGAUGCUGGUGGCAAGAAGCCUCGUUUGCAGGUAGAGGCAGAGUCUCCAAAUACUGAAGAACCACAUGUGCCUGAGCCCAGCGUACCUCUGACUCCCCCAUCCCAACACCAGGAAUCUGGUGCUGGAGACCUGUGUGCACUCUGUGGGAAACACCUCUACAUCCUGGAACGCUUCUGUGCAGAUGGCCAUUUCUUCCACCGAAGCUGCUUCUGCUGCCACGUCUGUGAAGCCACCUUGUGGCCAGGUGGCUAUGGGCAGCAUCCAGAUGGACAUUUCUACUGCCUGCAGCACCUGCCGGGCCACAAAGAGGAUGAAAUUGACGAAAUCGACGGGGGACCUAAAAGCCCAGUAAAAACUAAGCUUUCCACACCAGAGGAGGAUAGCACAUCGCCAGCCCUUCCUGUUUCAAGCCCCAAGCAGCCCACACGUAGGAGGAUUCGCCUCUCCAGCCCAGAGCGUCUGCAGCUGGCCUCCCUUAACAUUACUCCUGACCCAGAAACAGAGCCUCCACCCAAACCCCCACGCAGCUGCUUAGCCUUGGCCCAGAAGGCCCUUCAGAGCAGUUUUGUAGGCUGGGGUAUGUCAGUCCAGGUACCACAAGGUGCUGAAGCCAUGGAUGAGGAGGAAGAGAGACUAUCUUCCAAUGAUGAGGAUGAACAGGAAGAGGAGGAGGAGGAGGAGGAUGUACCUUUUGACACAAACUUGGAACAGGCUCUGCUGACAUUGGUCAAGAACUCUGGCACCAUGAAGAAGUACCCAACAUGGCGCCGGACUCUAUUGCGCCGUGCUAAGGAGGAAGAAAUGAAGAAGUUCUGCAAGGCCCAGGCCAUUCAGCGGCGACUAAAUGAGAUUGAGGCUGCCCUGAGGGAAUUGGAAGCUGAGGGCAUAAAGCUGGAGCUGGCCUUGAGGAGCCAGGACAGCUCCCCAGAGCAGCAAAAGAAAUUCUGGGUAGAACAGCUGCUACAGCUUGUGCAGAGGAAAAACAGCCUGGUGGCUGAGGAGGCUGAGCUCAUGAUCACGGUGCAGGAGCUGGACCUGGAGGAGAAGCAACGGCACCUGGACCAGGAGCUGCGAUGCUACAUGAACCGAGAAGAAACUCUGAAGACAGAUGCUGAUCGGCAGGCUGAGGACCAGGUUCUGAGGAAGCUGUUGGACGUGGUAAACCAGCGGGAUGCUCUCAUUCGCUUCCAGGAAGAGCGCCGGCUCAGUGAGCUGGUAUCGGGGGCAGCGAUCCAGGGCUAGAAGACUGUUGGCUGCCUGCAAGCAAAGCAAUCUCUUCAUAGGACAGUGUCACCACUUCUUACUCAUCUGGACUGCCUUGGAGGAGCCCUUACUGUUUAUAAUAAAAUGCUUCUGUCACAAGUUGGG